AUGAAGCGGAUUGCGGAUGCGGGCCCGUCAAUCGCCUCCUCCGCACUCGUCCGCCGCCCGUCUCCCAUGGAGGACUUCGAGGACGUCCUCGCCCUCGUGGGCGGCCUAGGCCGGUUCCAGCACCUCAUCCUCUGGCUCGUCCUCCUGCCCUCCUUCGUCCCCUGCGGGUUCAACGCCUACAAUCAACUCUUCAUGACGGCCUCGCCCGAGCACUGGUGUCGCGUCCCCGAGCUCCAAAAGUAUAACAUUUCGCUGCAGGUUCAAAAGGAAAUCAGCAUCCCCCUCUUGAACGGGGUUUCUCAUUCCCCAUGCCUCAUGUACGACACAAACUACACGGACCUGAUGGACUCUACGCCGAUGGAGGGCAACCGCACGGGCAUCCCCGACCCCAGCUGGCCUCGAGUCCCCUGCCGACACGGCUGGCUCUUCGACACGUCCCUGCCGUCCUCCACCAUCGUCACCGAGUGGGAGAUGGUGUGCGACCGGGGCUUCCUGCCGACCUUGGCCCUGGUUCUCUUCAACAUAUCGGGGCUCAUUGGGAACUUCAUCCUCGGGUACCUGCAGGACACGAUCGGGCGGCGUCCGUCGUAUUUCGUGUACCUGGGAAUGGCGACCCUGUUCGGGCUGGGAACGGCGUUCGCCCCGAAUUUCCCCUGCUGGGUUCUGGCCAGAAUCGGCGUUGGAUUCGCCGUUCCGGCGGUCAUGGGCACUCCGAUGGUCCUCUGUAUCGAGUUGGUGGGGCCGGAGCAUCGUUCGUUCACGUCGAUCGUGUCGAAUGUGGCGUACAGCGUGUGUCUCAUCCUGCUGGCGGGGGUGUGUUGGUUGGUGAGGCCGUGGAGGCAGUUGGCCGUGGCUACUUCCCUUCCCUUUGCGGCUUUCUUCCUCUAUUGGUGUAUUUUUCUCAGAUUGUUUUUCAUAUCCGCAUAUUUCUUUGUCGCAUUUUCGAGGAUCCUGCCGGAGUCGCCGCGGUGGCUGCUGGCCCGGGGCCGGAUCCAGGAGGCCCGGCGGGUGCUGGAGAAGAUGGCGGCCAUGAACGGGAACCCGAUUCCGCCCGACUUCGAGGACAUCUUGCAGAAAGUGUACCAAGGAGAGAAGGAAGAGAAGGAAGAGAAGAACUAUGGACUGUCCGACCUCUUCUCCACUCCCAACCUCCGCCGGAAGACCCUCAUCAUCACCUUCAUCUGGUACUAUCUUUCACCAUCCUCCACCUCCACCAUCCUCCACCUCCACCGUCCUCCACCUCCACCAUCCUCCACCUCCACCGUCCUCCACCUCCACCAUCCUCUACCUCCACCGUUCACCAACACGAGCGUCUACGUGGGCCUCUCCUACUACGCCCCCCUCCUAGGUGGCGACGAGUACCUCAACUUCUUCCUCGCUGGUGCAGCGGAGCUUCCGACUUACCUUUUCCUCUUUCCCGCGCUCGACCGCUGGGGCAGGCGGUGGACCCUCGCCGCCUCCAUGAUCGUGGGCGGGAUCGCCUGUCUCGCUACCUUCCUCGUCCAAGGAUGGCAGGAAUUGACCCUGGCGCUUUACUGCGUGGGGAAGCUGGGGAUCUCGGCCGCCUUCGUCGCCCUGCCGCUGAUGGCGUCCGAGUUGUAUCCGACAGUGGUGAGGGGGAGCGGGCUGGCCUUCUCCGGGGUGGCGGGCAUGGUCGGGCCCGUCUUCAUCCCAAUCGUCAACUACCUUGGGACGGAGAUGCUGGUCCUGCCUCUGCUGGUGAUGGGUGCCCUGUCGGUGCUGGGGGGAGUGAGCGGGCUGGCCCUGCCCGAGACCCUCCACGCCCCCCUGCCUCAGACGCUGGAGGAAGGGGAACGGUUUGGGAGGAAUCCGUCGUGGAGGGAGGCGAUCGCAUGCUGUCCGGGGAGGAGUGAGGGAGGCGAGGCGGUUGAAUGGUCUGAGUGGAGGAUUUGGCAACUGUGCAUUGACACGUCAGCUGGAACGGACGUAUUCGAGUUAGAGCGGUCGGUGAAAAUGAGCCUGACCGAUACGGAAGUGAUGGAUCUCCUUGGCCUCCCGGCCAGCAAGGCCGACGGUUGUUUGAACCUCGGCCUGGAUUUGGGACUCAUGGACUGGAAGUUCAAUUCCACCAUCCAUGACUUCGACAAAGAGCUUGACAUGGGUGCUAACGUGAUAGCUGAGCAGACCAAGAAUGGUAGCCUCAUGGGGGUAUCUGAUGAAGAUGUAACUAAUAUCAACAAGUUCUUUCAAGAGCUCGAAGGAAAUGAUGGCUUUCAGCUGACUGAUGAAGAUAAGGACUUGAACACAUUGCUUGUCAAUCCAAGUGAGGUGUUCUUGGCUGAUCUGGAGGACCAGCAAAAGGAAGUUGAUGGGACAGAAGCAGAUGUGGAAUCUGUUACAAGCCCUCACAGUGUUGAAAGUAGCGUGUAUGAGCAUCCCAGUGAUAAUUCCAACCAAGGAGAGGUUCAGACUCAACUUGAUGAUACUGACCUGCAGUCGAAGGUGAUAGGGAGCAUCCCAUUGGAAGCCUUGGGUCUCAUUGGGGAUAGCAGAUUCAUUCAAGUUAACGAUGGAUCAGGAAAAAAGACCUUUGUGAUCAAGUCGGGCCAACUGAGGAAGGGAACAGUACGCAUUGUGAAAGCUGCAGCGGCUGCCCACACAGCUCAUAAGAGGAGCUUGGGACACGAUUCCAAUUCAUCUUCAAGUGAUGAGGAGAAGGAGAAACCUACUUCACAGCAUUCCUAUCCGGAACUGAAGCUCACCUCUGAAGAGAAGAAUCUGGUUGAGAGAGAAGGAGUUAAGCUGCCAAGCCACUACCCAUUGACCCGCCUGGAGGAGCGGGAGCUACGCCGCAUACGCCGCAAGAUCCGUAAUAAGCGGUCAGCCCAGGAUUCCCGUAAGCGGAAGAAAGAAUACAUGGAUGCCUUGGAGGAUCGAGUGAAACAAUACACUGAAGAGAAAGAGGCCCUGGCAAGACGAGUCACUCAACUGGAGUCCCAAAAUGCAAGUCUCUUAGCCCAGCUGAGACAGCUGCAGGCUGCAGUGUGUGGGGCAGCCGGACGCUCUGCCCCUGCAUCUGCUGCAAUGCUCAUCCUCCUCUUCUCAUGUGCCCUUCUUAUGGCACCCUCUAUGAGACAGAGUGGAACCAUUCCAAAUGGAGGAUCUGGUGACUCCAAAACGUCCACCAACUCCCUCCUCCAAGCAGGGAAGAGAGCAUUGCUGUCAGAUGUGAAAAGUUCAUCCUGGCUGCCUGGGCACGAUGAAAAUGAGGGCAAAGUCUGCAAUGCCCCUGCAUUUAGCAAGCCUGCCGGCCGAGGCUUCGUCUGCAUUGACGACAUCGAUGACUUGGAUGACGAAAUGCCCUGGGCAGACCCAGAUGUAGAGAGAUAUGAGGAGGUGGUGUCCUCUGAUCCCGAUUGGGAUCCAGAUCCUGGAUCAGAUCCAAGAUUGGAUCCAUUGGUGGAUCACGAUUAUGAGCCACCAGGAAAGUUCCAGAUCCUGGAUCAGAAUGGAACACUGGUCAUGACUACUGUCAUGCCAAGAAAUGUAUCAGCCCAAGCUGUUGAAUAAUUCCUCUUUCUCUUCAGCUGUCUUUGUGAUGAAUUUUAAAGCAGUUAUCUAUUCCCUCCAUUUGUUUUUGUCUUUGAAUCAAUAUGUUUGAACCUUUGUGUCUGGGUGGGUGUUUGCAUGCACAGUCACUGCAAAAUUUUAAGAAUGUAUUUUAUGUGUUCAUGGAAGGUGUGCAAUGAAUGAGGAGGGGAUAGAUUCCACAAUAAAGAUGAUUCUAUGGAAA